GUGUGCAUAUUCAGUAGUUGUGUACCUUGGCAGCUGCGCGCCAAAAUUAAAAAGAUGUACUUUUUACGGUUUUAGUACUGUACCGAUUUUUUAUGAACCGAAUGAAUAGAAAUAUAUGGUAUCAAUAUAAUUUUUAACUUCAAAAUGGCGAGUCAAAUCCCAAACGACGUUGUGGAAGGUGUAAACAAUGUAUGGGAGGAAUAUGAAGAUGGGGACAUUACUGCCAAAGGGGCGGUCAAAAGGCUGCGCUCCUAUUUGAAACCUUACUUGCCUGCUCCCUGUAUCAUGAGUUUGACUUACCUGGAUAAUACAUUAGAAGCAGGUGGUAUCAAUGAGCGCCAGUUCUAUGAACAAGCUUUGGAAGUUUUUGAAACUUUCAACAAACUUUCCCAUCAAGAGCCAGCAAAAAUACAACACCCAGGAAAUUGUGAUGAGAAUAACCAAAAUGUUGCAAAUGCUUCUUCAUCAUUGGACUCUUCACUGAAGGUCUCACCCAGCACUUCAAUACCAGGAACAGAAAUGGAAGACUCUAAUGAAUCUUUGGGCAAAAUAAGCAUAAAAUCUUUAGAAUUUCUGCAGGGCCCACAAUUACCCCAAAAUGAAAUUUGUGUUAAGGAAUCAAUUAAGACGAAGCAAGGAAUGUCCUCGUCUCACCUUACUAAUGGCAUUGAGUCACAGCAACAUGAAAGUGAACUGCCCAAAGGAGGUCUAGGCUUUUCUAAUGGUGAAGAUGGCUUCCCACUCCCUAUCCCUUCUGCUUCAAGUGAUAGUAAAGUGAAGAAAACUGCCACCCCAGCAAAAGUUAAAGUGAAGCGUAAGGAUACCGCCAGGCAAAAAUCCAUCACUGAGAUGUUCUCGUUCAUCAAGAAAGAUCCUCAACCUCAUAAUACACUCCAGAAUGGAUGUAAAAACGCCUCAGAAAUCGCCAUUCCUUCAGCUCCUUUCAAUAAUCAGCACGAAGUUGAAUUUGACAGUCCAAAGACGCCGGUAUCACCUAAUAAACCUGUUCUUGAAGCUGACAUUGAGAGAGACUGCAAAACUCUUGAAAUAAAACAAAAGAAGGAUGAUUUGUGUGACGCUGAUGGUAUAGUGUCAUCACAUGCUAGAGAUGCUGGCAACUAUCAUAUUCUAUCCAAUGGAAAUAUGAAAGACUGUGAUGCAAAUGACUCUGCUUCUGUCCAAGAAGACAAGGAAGACUGUGAUGCCAAUGACGCUGCUUCUGUCCAAGAAGACAAGGAAGACUGUGAUGCCAAGGACGCUGCUUCUGUCCAAGAAGACAAGGAAGACUGUGAUGCCAAUGGCGCUGCUUCUGUCCAAGAAGACAAGGAAGACUGUGAUGCCAAUGACGCUGCUUCUGUCCAAGAAGACAAGGAAGACUGUGAUGCCAAGGAUGCUGCUUCUGUCAAAAAAGACAAUAUAACCACGUCUUGGGAUUCGGACGAUCCUGGUGAUGAAUUUGAAGGUUUUCCAUCUGAAAAGAGACUGAAGUUAGCUGAGCCUGAACGGUCUUAUCACUCGAGCCAAGACCAGAAAACCUCACAACCUGCAGCUCCCAAGUCGCGUUGCCCCAUUUGCCGCCAAAUUUUGGACUCGGACUCACUCUCAUUCUAUGAGGGACAUCCCCAGGACGCAACUGAGGAGUUUAUAGCUCUCACUGACCCUAAGUUGGCAAUAUUUAUGGAUGAUGAUUUGGAAGAACGCCCGCAACAUAAGCUCACUUCGUUCACGGUUUAUGACAAGCAAGGCCAUGUGUGUCCGUUUGAUGGUGGGUUGAUAGAACGCAAUGCGCUGCUAUACACAUCAGGCUACAUCAAGCCCAUCUUUGCUGAGGACCCUACACCUCUCGAUGGAGUGCCGGUCAUGGAUGUGGGGCCCAUCAACGAGUGGUGGAUCUCGGGUUUUGAUGGGGGGGAAAAAGCUCUACUUGGAUUCUCGACGGGAUAUGCAGAGUAUGUGCUUAUGGAUCCAUCGCCCGUGUACAAGCAAUACGUCGAUGCUGUCAUGGAGAAAAUAUAUCUGAGCAAACUGGUGAUCGAGUUUCUCUAUGAUAAUGAGGAUGGCGGUUAUGAAGACCUGCUGAAUUUGUUGCAGACCACCGUCCCACCUCCAGACGUUGUUUUGAGUGAAGACUCGUUGCUUCGUCACGCCCAGUUUGUAUGUGACCAAGUACACAAUUUUGACGUGGCUGGCGACGGCAGUGAUGUCCUCAUCACUCACCCUUGCCUACGGACGUUGGUUGACCUCGCUGGCGUGACGCUCGGCAAGCGAUGUGCUCUCAAGACCCGCGGGCCUCGCAUCAAGACGGUCAAGAAGAUGCCCAAGUGGACUAAGGCUACCACCACGCCUUUAGUACGUCGCUGUUUCGACCAGUUCUUUGCUGACCAAAUAGAUUCUCAUAAAGGAGACAACUCUGCCAACGAUACUAAAGAGAAAAGUGGACCGCGUCGGAUGCGUUGCGGCGUGUGUGAGGCAUGCCUCAAGCAGGAUUGUGGUGAGUGUUCUUCAUGCAAGGACAUGAUCAAAUUCGGCGGCAGUGGUCGGUCCAAGCAAUGUUGCAAAGAUCGCCGGUGUCCCAACAUGAUGCUUGCUGAGCCCGAUGACGAGAACGAGGAAGAAGCAGUACAAAAACUCGCCAACUUGCGUGACGCUGCAGCGCAGACCAGAAGCCAUCGUGUCAAGAAGACAACCGAUAAACUGUGUUGGGUUGGCGAGGCCUCUUAUCGCACCAGCAAGCGCGUGUAUUACUCGAGUGCUCGGGUCAAUGAAGACGUAGUGUGUCGAGGUGACUGCGUGCAGAUCGAACCUGACGCCGGUGUGAAGGACUUGCCGUACAUAGCGCGAGUUGUGAGCUUGUGGGAGGACAUGAAGGGGGAGAAGUACCUACACGCAGACUGGUACUGCAGAGGCAAGGAUACCAUACUUGGUGAUACCAGUGAUCCUCAGGAGCUCUUCAUAAUUGACGAUUGUGAAGAUAUUCCACUCGCAUCCGUUAUGAAAAAGGUGCGUGUUGUCCCGCACCAUCCACCUCCAAACUGGCGCUUGCUUGGGGGCAUCCUUCACCCUGAGGAUCUGAACCCGCUUGCCUCCGACGACACCCACAGCUUCUUCUGCCAGCUCGCCUAUGUCCCCCAACACGCCAGGUUCAUUCACCUCUCCUCUGAGCAGAACGAGUUGGCCACUGGUAGCAGAGAUUGUCCAUGCUGCGAGCGGCUGCGACUCGCCGAGCUGCGGGACUCCUGUGUUCUCAUGGAGAAAUCUACAGAGACUGACGAGUACAAUGCCGUGCAGUACAUGGACCAGAAAUUUAGCGUUGGUGACUGUAUUCUUGUGGAGCCUUCGGCUUUUGCUUUUAAGGUGAAGCUACCGAGCCCAGCAUCACGAGCCCAGCGCCAGCAGGAGCAUUGGGACGAAGACCUCUUCCCUGAAUAUUAUCGUUUAACUCAGAAGAUCAAAGGAAGUAAUGAAGACACCAGCGAACCCUUCAGAGUGGCGCAGAUACUGUCCAUUCGCCCCCAUUCCAAGUCCGGGGAAGUGUUCUGCGGGAGUGCGUUGCCCCCGGCUAGUGUGACUGCCGUGGUGCGCAAGUUCUACCGACCUGAGAACACCCAUCGCGGUGCCGCUGCUGCCUACCAGGCGCCGCUCAACCUCCUCUACUGGAGCGAUGAAGAGUCGAGCGUUUCGUUCAGUUGGGUGUGUGGCAAGUGCACGGUCGUCUAUGCUGAGAACCUCACAUGUUCACCCGACGAGUUCUUCCUGCAAGGGCCGUACAGGUUCAUCUUCUCGCAAGCCUACGACGCCACAACCAAAGAACUUGUCGAGCCUCCCAAGUCUGCUAUAAACCUUGGGUCUUCAGGCAAGGGCAAAGGUAAAGGGAAAGGCAAAGGCAGCAGUAACAGCAACACAACUGCCGUACUUGAAGACUACCCUAGCAUCACAAGGCGCCUUCGCACUCUGGACGUCUUCUCAGGUUGUGGGGGUUUGUCGGAAGGCUUCCAUCAGGCGGGAGUGGCAGAGAGUUGCUGGGCCAUAGAAGUGUUUGAGCCUGCAGCCAACGCCUACAAACUCAACAACCCCAACGCCACAGUCUUCACCGAUGACUGCAACCUGCUCCUCAGGAUGGCAAUGGAGAACAAGACGACCAAUAGCAAAGGCCAGACGCUGCCACGGAAGGGGGACGUCGAGUUAUUGUGUGGCGGCCCCCCGUGCCAAGGCUUCAGUGGCAUGAACCGCUUCAACUCCAGACAAUACUCCCUCUUUAAGAAUUCACUGGUGGCAUCCUACUUGUCGUACUGUGAUUUCUACCGCCCCCGCUUCUUCCUGCUGGAGAACGUGCGUAACUUCGUGUCGUACAAGUGCGGCAUGGUGCUGCAGCUCACGCUCAGGGUCCUGGUACAGAUGGGCUACCAGUGCACCUUCGGGAUACUCCAAGCUGGCAGCUACGGCGUCGCACAAACAAGACGAAGGGCCAUCAUCUUGGCUGCAGCUCCAGGCGAGCAGCUCCCUUACUUCCCUGAGCCGCUGCACUCCUUCUCCCCCCACGCCUGCUCCGUCUCUGCUGCCGUCGCCGACGUUAAGUAUAAGAGCAACUGCCGGUGGACGGUGUGUGGACCGCUGCGCACCAUCACAGUGCGUGACGCCCUCAGCGACCUGCAACCCAUACAGAACGGCGGCGGCAGAGAACAGGUCGCCUACACCACCGAGCCUGAGUCUCAUUUCCAGCGAAUGGUCCGUGCUAGUGACGGGCUGCUGCUGGACCAUCAGUGCAAAUCUCUGUCCGACCUCGUGGCCGCGCGCAUGCAGCGCAUCCCCACAGCCCCCGGCAGCGACUGGCGCAUGCUGCCUAACAAACCUGUACGCUUGCCUGAUGGUUCCUGGACCAAAAAACUCGAGUAUAACCACGACGACAAGCGCAACGGGCGCUCAAGUGAAGGCCACUUGCGUGGUGUAUGUGCAUGUGCCAGCGGUGCACCAUGUGAUCCCAUGGACCGUCAGCACAACACCCUCAUCCCCUGGUGUCUGCCGCACACUGCCAACCGACACAACCACUGGGCGGGUCUCUACGGCAGGCUGGAGUGGGACGGCUUCUUCUCCACCACCGUCACCAACCCUGAGCCAAUGGGCAAGCAGGGGCGCGUGCUGCACCCAGAGCAGCACCGCGUGGUGAGUGUGCGGGAGUGCGCGCGCUCACAGGGCUUCCCUGACGCCUACCGCUUCUACGGAAGCCUCCUGGAGAAGCACCGGCAGGUUGGUAACGCCGUGCCGCCCCCCAUGGCCAGGGCCAUCGGGCUCGAGAUCAGGAAAUGCAUCGCGGCCACGGAGAAGCUGCACUGCAGCGACGCCAGCACCUGAUAUACAGAACAUCGCGGGAGUUCCGAUGAA